AUGCAGUCAACCCAAUCUGCGGACCAUGGUCGACUAGGUCAUCCUCGCCGCCAGCACGCCUUUGCAAAGCGUGCGGAAGAAACUUAUGGUGACAAUAUGCCCCUAGCCUCGGUCGCGAAUCUUGCACUGAGCAGGAUGUUUGCCCUCCCUCGCGAGCUCUUCGAGCAACCGAUGCAUCCGAUGGGCGACGGCAUGCUAGACAUGGCGGCAACUGAUGCAACAGAUGCACAUCGCAAGCAAGAGAUUGGGCUCGUUCUGAGAGACUUUGCGCGCGACUUUGCCGGGACUGGCUACGUAAUUGAGGCUGAUAAGCUGCGAGCCAGGAUCAAAGGCAGCUCGAGUGGGCUGCUGGGCCUUUGA